AUGUUGGACAUUGCAGGCUUUUUCGCUAUGCAGGUCUCUCUUUCCGUGCUCUGGAGGUCCCGAGAAGAUCUAGAAAUACAAGGAAUGGGAACUUCUGCGAAUGGUGUCGGUGGUGGUUCUGCGAUUCUUCUCUGGAUUUCGGUGUUGACAAUCCUCCUCGGAGCUGCUGCCACUGUUGCCGCGAGGUCCACACUGGUCGGAGCAGCCACCGAAAUGAAGAACGAGUACUUCCACCAUCCUCCACUCGAGUUUCCAAAGCCGCCACCGUUCGAGUUCAAAGAACCUCCGUAUGAGCUGCCCAAGCCUCCGCCAUUCUCGUACAAGGAGCCACCGUUUGAUCUUCCAAAGCCACCGCCACUCUCGUACAAUGAGCCAGAGUUUACUCUUCCAAAGCCUCCGCCAUUCUCAUACAAAGAGCCACCGUUCGAUCUUCCAAAGCCGCCACCAUUCUCGUACAAAGAGCCACCAUUGGAUCUUCCCAAGCCGCCGCCAAUCUCCUACAAAGAACCACCGUUCGAUCUUCCAAAGCCGCCACCGUUCUCGUACAAAGAGCCACCAUUGGAUCUUCCCAAGCCGCCGCCAAUUUCGUACGAGGCUUCAUUUCACCACCACUAG